AUGGCAGCCGGGCCGCCUGAACAAACAGCUGCUUCCGGUCAUGUGAUUUCUUCGCCCGGACUGGUUCGGGGAUCGUUCUGUUCAGGCUGGGAUCACAAUAUUGCAGCAUUGUGGACCCUCGGGGUUCCUCCUCCUUCUCCUUCUGUUCAUUGCUGCCGAAUAAAGGAUAAUAAAAUAUCGGCAAAUCACGCAAACACCGACGGCCAGAGCAACUGCCAAAACAAAAGAUCAUCUCGGCGAGAGAGCUUCAGUCUUCGUCGUGUUGGCAGCUUUCGCAAGAGGUCGCACAUCAUCAGCGCUCUAUCAGUGACUUUUAUUUUCAAUUUUCUUCAGGUGAAAAACAACCCAAUAGACUGUGAUCUACCGGAUAUUCUACGGACAGAGAAGGAACAUUGCCUUGAAACAUUGUCAAACAAUAAAAUGGAUUCGGAAAUGCAGGAGUUUGAAGCAGGUUGUGAAGGAAUGUGGGACAAUGUGAUAUGCUGGCCGCCCUCCUCACUGGGAAAGACUGUUGCUGUACCUUGCCCCAAGGUGAUUUUUCUUCUGACUCGUGAAGAAGGCUUCCUUUACCGAAACUGCACAAGUGAGGGUUGGUCAGGUACAUUCCCUGGAUAUAAAGCAGCUUGUGGAUAUGAUGUGAAUGAUACCACAGGUGACAUAAAGAGUGCAAACUAUAUGAACGUGAAGAUCAUGUAUACUGUAGGAUACAGUACAUCCUUCAUAUCCCUGUCCAUAGCUGUAGCAAUUCUUGGAUUAUUGCGGAAACUUCAUUGCACCAGGAAUUACAUUCACAUGCAUCUGUUUGUGUCACACAUGCUUCGUGCAGUUUCAGUCUUCAUAAAAGACAGUGUCCUGUUUUCCAGCGCAGCUAUUGAUCAUUGCAAUGCUUACUCGGUUGAAUGCAAAUUUGUUAUUGUUUUCUUCCAAUACUGUAUUAUGGCUAAUUUCAGUUGGUUGCUUGUAGAAGCACUGUAUCUGCACACACUCCUGGUGGUAUCUGCAUAUCCACAAAAAUAUUUCAGGUGGUUCAUUAUUCUAGGAUGGGGUGCCCCAGCACUUUUUAUUUUACCUUGGGCAAUUGCAAGAAUUUUUUAUGAAAACAUUGGCUGCUGGGAUAUUAAUUCAAAUGAAUUCAUAUGGUGGAUCAUUAAAGGACCUGUACUUUCAUCUAUUUUUAUCAGCUUUGUGCUCUUUGUUCACAUCAUUAGUAUAUUAAUAAAAAAGCUAAAGGCACCUGAUGUUGUGAGGAAUGAGUUUAACCAAUACAAGAGACUUGCAAAGUCAACUUUCUUGUUAAUCCCCUUGUUUGGAAUCCACUAUAUAGUUUUUGCAUUUUUCCCGGAAAAAGAAAGCAACCUUGCAAUAGAUUCACGAAUAGGCUUUGAGCUUUUUUUUGGAUCAUUUCAGGGUUCUGCUGUUGCUGUCCUUUACUGCUUCCUUAAUGGUGAAGUUCGAACUGAAAUCAAGAGAAAAUGGAGACGAUGGAAACAGAAGAAAUAUUUUGCUGUUGAUUUGCAAAACCAACACAGUUCCAUAAUCAAUAGUGGAAUGACUGGUGGAACACAGGUAUCUCUAUUGACAAGUUCCAGUUCCAAGGAACAAGAAUUUGCUUUCCAGGAAUCAAAUGUUCUUUAAAGGACCAAAUGUAAUAUUUUAAUUCAAAUGAUUUAUUUAACAGUGAACAAUUUAACAAAAUGUAAUGCUGCUAUUGGUAGGUCGGAUGUCAGGCUUGGCAGUUCCACUGGGAAGUAUAAACUAUUCCAAGUUGGUUUGUCCAAUGAAUUGGUGUUUGCAGCAAAUGCUUAUUGUGGGGCAUCAUUCUGAUCAAGAUGGGCAUGAAAUUUCUU